AUGAGCCACGAUAUGAAGUGUACGGUACCUAGAGAGAGGCAAUCUCCUCCGGCGCCUAGAGUGAGGCAACCUCCUCCAGAGCCUAGAAUAAGGAAGCCUCCUCCAGAACCAAAAAGGACGCAUAUACUUUUACCGCCACAACCACGGCAACGUCAACCACCACCACAACCAAAAAGGGAAACCAUAAUCCCACCCUCGCAACCGAGGCAGCGACAACAACCACCACAGCCGAGGGAACGUCAAUUACCUCCUCAACCCAAACAUUGA